CAACGACGUGUGUGCAUGCGAGUGCGUGUUUGAUGUGCCGCGCGUCGCGAACGAAACCGAAAUUCGAAGGAACAUUUGAAGAAGAGGCAUCAGUCGCGCGUUAGCGGUAGCGCAUGCGCAGUAACGAUAUUCGGCAGUUCGAUGGGGCAGUUGAACGAGUAAUCGCUGUAUGGCAUUUGUCUAGGGCGCAUGCGCAACGGUGACACUCGGCAGUUAGAUGGGGCACCUGAACGAGCAAUAGCGGUCUAGCGUUUAUCUACAGCGCAUGCGCAUUAGCUACGAAUCACUGAGUCUGUUAACUUUCUUUCCUCCCCCCAGCGUAACAUUUCAGGUCAUCCGUUUAUUCAUUCUCUUUAUCCACUCUCUCGACUCCUUUGGAGAGCUUUUAAAGAAGACAAGCGUUCUGUAACGCGACGAGCGAAAUUGAAUGAGCACAAUUUUGGACGAUAAAUUACAACAGUCUUGACAGUAGCGUAUACUGAGCUACAUAAUUAAUUUUUCUUCUCUGUUUUUUGAUGAUUUACCGCCUAAAGACAAAUUUGAUUGUACAUAUAACGUAAAAAUUGCUACGCAUAUCGAUACUGAGAAACUAUCUGCUAUGAUGCGGAAGUUUUUAACCACCUAGGCAGUCCAUCAAUUAGGGGGAAAAACCUUUUUUACGUUUUUCACAUUUUCUUUCGCAUUGCUCUCUAAACAGCCACAGUGUUUUCGCUUCCUACUCCUCCACAUCUUGGGAAAAGAAAAGAGAAAGGAAGAAUUCUUUGUGAAGAACUGAGCAAAAAUAGCCGCGUAAUGUGUGUGGAGAAAGAAAUUAUUUUCGCUGAAAGUGUUACAGCCAAUCUAGUUGCUCGAAUCUACCGAAACUUGCUUUGAAGUCUUGGAGUGCCGUCUUCACCUCUCCUGCUUGUGGAUAUCAACACAUUUCUGCGAGCACCAGUUGUCAGGACAUGCGAAAAAGCGCUGGUGUUUGAAAAAUUCGUGAGUGAUUAAUUGUCCCGUCGAGCGUGUUUAAUGGACUUUGCGAGCAGGAACUGACGGAAUACACUGUACCCCGACUCGGAACACAAAAGUGAGCUACGAAAAUAAAUACUGGUGUGACGACAAGAUAGAAGACUGGGAAAGGAGGCAGGGAAAGAACUGAGCGAGAAACAAAAGUAGAUGCACCAAGUGAAUAUAUGAAGAAAUACACGUGGCUGCAUGCGGAUCACGUAAAAGAUUUCGCAACUAUGUGAAGGAGGUCGUCUGAUCAAUCUUCGAUGUGGACGAAGACUGCUGAAAGAGAAGCGUGUUGAGAAGAGGAGCCCGGGUAUAAAGAAGUGCAAAGAGAAGUGGGAAGCCAAGAGGAAAGCCGUCUGUAAUUUUUCGACAGAAAUCACUAUUCGAAAUUGUUAUGGCCAGCAACCAGUUACGUCCACUGACACAAGUUGAAAUACAAAGCACCCAAGAAAUGACGACGUGGUGUUUGCUUUGAAAUUACAUAUUCUGAAAUACUUAUAUAUGUACUAUCUACUCUUAGUAAGUUUGUAAUGUUGAUAGGUAUCAACAUCCUAAGUGCAUUUCAUUACCUGAACACUUUGGCACUCAAUGAAUCUGUAAGAUGUGUUUAGUAGGUCAGCUAGACAAGUGCAACUGCAUCUAGACGAUAAUAUCCUUUGUGGUAUCUACGAAGAUGAAUAAACACCUGGAAGCUAAAAAGUAAGUGAAGAACAAUUUCAAAAAUAUAUAAACCAAUGUAGCAAGUUUCGAAGCUAUCAUGCGAAAAUUGUGAAUUAAUUCAAACAGCUGAUCAUGUGAGAUUCCAGACUGGAAAGGGGAGAAGAAUAUAGAAGAUCUCAAAGGUCAUCAAACAUUCAAGGUAAAACUUGCAUUAUAACUAUCAUUUAAAACUCCUGUUGCGAAAGACAGUGGGGAUUCACUACUAAGAAACUGGAUGUAUGGACAGCAAAUUUUUAGUCACUGGGAAAAACAGCUUUAUGUUAAAUGAAGAUGCAAUGCUAUAAUAAAUUUGCAGCAGCUGAAAACUAGAUUUCAUUCGUGUACAUACCAUGAGAAUAUUAUACUAGUGAAAAACUUCAUCUAGAGCUCAUGUGAAGCAAUAAAUCAGAUGUAUAAUUCUUAAACCAGCCUUGUGUAUUUUGAAGACAUAAUGGAAUAAUUUCAACAUCUGGAUGUGAUACCGGUUUGCAUCAAGAGGAUAUAAAAUAACUCUUUGGAAAAAGUACUUGAAAUCCACCUCAUACUCGAGUGAAGCAAAGGUUACUUGAAGAACUUCGUGGCAUACAUUCAAAAAGAACUAGAGUGAAUGAAGAUAGGUUGUGUAGCUGCAUAUAUUAAGGCAGUAAUAUCGGCAAAAAUCAACAAAAUUCAUUGAUGCACCUGGGGCAUUUUCAUACUUCAAAGAUGGACCUGCCACAGUAUUUAAAUUAGAUUCAGUGUUAUAGAUGGAGUUUUGAGGGCACAACUGAAGUUCCUGAAAGCUGUCUCAAUAGCUGGUAACAGAAGAAUAAUUUCUGCUAGGAAGCUUUUGCCACGAGAAAGUUGGGUGCAAUAUGACCAAGGAGAAGCGAUGGUGGCGCCGCUCCGUGCCCUGGUGGGCGCGCCAGCGAACCCCCACCUACCAGUCACGUGACGGCGACGGCAGCGCCACGACGGACAGCGCCAGAGUUGCGGAUGGCGCCUCCAGCGCCCCUAGCGGCGGGGCAUCUCCACCACCAGGAAGCGUAGCUAGCUUCGGGUCCGGCUCUGGCAGUAGGAGAAGCACCUCGACCAGCCCAGCGAGGGACGAAAUGGGGCAGAUGCCCAACAUAAACUUCUCCUUCUUUGGGAACAGCAAGGAAGACCUGAACAGAGAUAGCCAGAUAUCUCCGGGAGAUCCUCAGGCGACUAUGACGACAUUCCGGACAUCGGUAAGCCUGGAACUGGGACACACAGUUCCACUGGAGGACGACCCGUCAGAGAACAAAAUCCCAGAGUAUGCCAAGGUAGUGAAGAAUUCCAAAAACGGCACCGGUCUGGUGGAGCCGCCGCGACUGAGGAGCAAAACGAUGCCGAGCUCAGUAGACUUCUGUAGGGACAACCAGCGGUACUCCAAUUGCUUCCCUGGGUACGAGGAAAUCGGCUCCUUGAGACAGGUGUCGAAAGUGACUGACGCCGAGUGUUCACGUCCGGGGUCCUCUAUGAGCAGCCGGACAGUCCCAGAAGUUUCCCAAAGCGUGUCCUCUAGAGCUGGAUUUAGUCACCUGUCGGCAUCUCUCGAGGGUAGAAAGGCGAGCUCGCGAUAUUUGAACAGUGAGAACGUUGCUGCUUCCGGAGACAGAGGUUACGAUAAUGACGACGGACCUGAUUAUGAGGAGUUGAAGGUGUCCCCGGUUUUCCAACAAACUCGGCAAGAAGCGACCAACGGGGCGCACUACGAGAGACUGGUACUCGUCGACGGACCUGAACCAAAGACCGAUCGAACGGUAGAGGCACGGCCCGAGCCACCAGAAGUACCUCAGCGGGUUCCGAAUACGACAGAAGUCCGCACUGGAGAGAAACGUACAUUGGCGAAUGCUGCUGACAAAGUUAAUGGUCUUUCCCAAUGGACACUCCGGUAUGGUACCACCAUGCUGCAGAAGUUGAGGAGGCCAGGAAAGGCUGCAGGCAAGAUAGCAGUGCCUGAUGAUACCACCUCUAAUGGGGCCGAAACUUCAAAUGGUGGUGGUGGACAACCAGCUGGCGAGGAUCAGCCUUCUCUAUACGAGAUACCGCGGAGUCACACAAAGGUGGUUAUAAUGCAGACGAGUCUCGCGUCAGUCACAGUCCCAAAUGGCAGCUCCAGUAAUACACGAGAGUGUGAUGAUUCCAAACUGCCUUGCAGCAAUCAAGAGAGGGCUCAUCUAUACGGUAAUGCAGACAAUGCUGCGAACUAUUCUAAGGAAGUUGGAGGUACGAAAGUGGAUAGAGGUAGUCUACUGCAGAGUGAUGUGGGGAAAAACUCGGGAAGGUACACCAAUAUAACUGAAGACUUCGUGGCUGGUGUGAGGUCACUGAAGGGAGGUAAGUCUGAGGGCUGCUCCGAUGAAGUGGAGAAGAGUGAGGUGCUUGGAGGGAUUGAUGUGGGGAAGUGUGAUGAGAGGAAUGUUGUUCAGGAAGGGAGGGGAGCAACUGUUGGAUCACAGAAAUUGGCGAAAGUGUGUAGGAGUGAGGGGGAGGUUGUGGAAGAUAGUGAGCUAAGUGUAAAAGAGGCUGAGCAGUGUUGUGUGGUAGUGAAGGUGGUUACGAUUGCAGGAAAGAGAGUGGAAGACGGCGAUGUGGAUCAGAAAGAGGCGAAGUGUGCUGGGGAGGAUCUAGCAGAAUCGAAAUUGGACGAGUUAGGUACGGGAAUCGCCGGCGCGGUUCGGAAAGAGCCGGAGUCGGCCGGGGAGUUCCCGAAAGAGCCGACAGCGAGCGAGGUAGGUCCGAAGAUGGCCGACACCGAUCGGGAAGAGCCGAAGUUGGCCGGGAAAAGCCCGACGGAGCCGGAACUGGUCGAAAUGAGUCCGAAAAUGGCCGAAGACGGGCGGGAUGACACGAAAGCUGUCGACGAUUCCCAGAAAGGCAGAGAGAAGUUCGGAACUGAGCGGAAGUUGGCGGGUACUGACGGGGAGUCGACGAAAGCGGUCUUUUCGAGUCGCGAAGGUUCUGCGGAGACGGAAGGCGACACGGAGGCGUACAAGUCGACGUCCCGCAGCCCCGACGGCGCCUGCUGGGAGGACAGCGGCGACUACGAAAGCCUGACGGUGACGUCGACCGGCGACUACGAAGACCUCGAGUACUGCGAGUUCCGGCUGGGAGUCCGGGCCGGGGGCGGCGCCGGGGGCGGCGUCGCGGCGGCCGAGCUGGUGCGCCGCCGCCGCAGGGCCCGCCUCCAGCAGGGCCACGGCCGCCCCCACUGCCACGCCGCCCCCGGGCCGCACUGCUGCGUGCCGGAGGUGAGUAGCAGUGGUUUAGACUUCGCGAGUUUUCCUGAGCUGUAA